AGUAGUUAAAAACAAAGAGAAGAGGCACAAGAUAGUAAUGAUUUCUAUAUCAUACAGAAACAAACUUAAGAAGAGCAAAAGAACGAUAACCCAAGUUGUUUUCAUCAUUACAUUUGUACUGAUUUGUUUACAUACGAACCAGCAACCAGCUGAACAGCAGCGUUGUUAUGACUUCCAUUAUAAUUAUCCUCUAAACAAUGUGAAAGAUAUUUUAAAUGAGCUAAAGAAUAACGGUACGACCACUAGCCAACCAAUAAAUCAUAUUUACAAUCAAUAUAACACACUAUACAAUGUGAAAUGUGCAUCUUAUACCGAAUUGAUAAUAUUGGUUAAAUCAUACAUUGGACAUUUUGAUCAAAGACAAGCGAUUCGCUCCACAUGGGGAAAAUGUCAUGAGGAAAAUGUAAGAGUCGUCUUCCUUCUUGGAUAUUCUGCCGAGUUAACUAAGCAUGCUAGGAACGAAUAUGCUGACCACAAAGAUAUAGUCCAAGGUUCAUUUACUGACGUAUACAGGAAUAAUAUAUAUAAAACAUUGAUGGCAUAUGACUGGCUUGUAUCGAAUUGUUCAAAUAGUCAGUUUGUCUUUUUUGUUGACGACGAUUAUUUUGUAACCAUACCAAACCUGUUGCAAUUCGCGCGUGAAAACAAAUUGGACGGCAAAAAUGUAAUGUUUGGACAUAAGCAGUGUAAUCCAAUAAAUCCGGUUAGAUCAAAUUCAUCAAGGUAUAGAAAAUGGUACAUAUCAGAGGAAGAAUAUCAGCCACCUAUUUUACCGCCGUUUCUUUCAGGUGGAUCUGUUCUUACGCACAUAAAUGUAGUACGAAAAUUGAGAAUUGCAUUUCCUUAUAUGAAACCGAUAUUUCUUGACGAUGUGUAUGUGUCAUUAGUUGCACAGAAAUUAGGUAUAAAGAUAUUACACGAUGAAAGAUUUGUCAACUCUAAUAUAAGGAGAAUGGACUUUAACUUUAUAAUAUCAUGUCAUAGUUAUAAUAGUACAGAAUAUUUAUACGAAGCAUGGUUGCAAUUCAAAACAGUCAACAAUUUGUCUUGUAACCAGUAA